ACGAUACUGCCACUGUGCCACACGCAGUCAGCUGCAGCCAAAUAGGCCUGAAAAAACACCGGGAAUUCUCUGAGAGAGAGAGAGAGAGAGAGAUGAAGGGCUUAACGCUUCCUCCGUCAAACCACUGGAAUCCUACCAACACCAAGGCCAUUACGAAACAACCCAGCAGAACCCUCAGUACAAUUCCUGUUCAAGUUAGCCUCAACAACAACAACAACACCAGCAAGAACAAUGCAUCUUCAAGAAGGAACUCCCUUCUCUCCUUUGCUGUAGAUCCCUCCAAGGCCCCAACACCAAUCCAUCAAAGCCAACCACCAUUGGUGGUCGUGGGUUCUGCAAAUGCAGACAUCUAUGUUGAGAUCGAUAGACUCCCUCAAGAAGGGGAGACCAUCUCUGCCAAGACCGGCCAGACCCUUGCAGGAGGCAAAGGUGCCAACCAGGCUGCUUGUGGCGGAAAGCUCGCUUACCCAACUUACUUCGUCGGCCAGGUUGGCGAGGAUGCUCAUGGGAAGUUGAUCACUGAGGCUUUAGAGGGUCGUGGUGUUCUCCUUGAUCAUCUCAACACCGUGUCUGCUGUUCCAACUGGGCAUGCUGUGGUGAUGCUCCAGUCUGAUGGGCAGAACUCCAUUAUCAUUGUUGGGGGCGCCAACAUGUCUUGUUGGCCCGAGAAGCUUUCUGAUGAGGACUUGGAGCUGGUGAGGAAGGCCGGGAUUGUGUUACUUCAGAGGGAGAUUCCAGAUUCUGUAAAUAUUCAAGUUGCCAAGGCUGCAUGGAGUGCAGGUGUUCCAGUUAUUCUGGAUGCAGGGGGAAUGGAGGGACCCAUUCCAGCAGAACUGCUAAGCCUUGUUGAUAUACUAAGCCCAAAUGAAAGUGAAUUGGCACGUUUGACUGGAAUGCCAACAGAAAGUUUUGAAGAAAUCAAUCAAGCUGUAGUAAAAUGCCAUGAAAUGGGUGUCAAGCAAAUCUUGGUGAAACUUGGGGCAAAAGGAUCGGCUCUAUUCAUAGAAGGAGAGGAACCAAUAAGACAGCCCAUUAUUUCAGCUUCAAAAGUUAUUGAUACAACUGGUGCUGGUGAUACAUUCACUGCCGCUUUUGCCGUGGCUCUUGUAGAGGGCAAGUCCAAAAAGGAGUGCUUGAGAUUUGCUGCUGCAGCUGCUUCUCUCUGUGUUCAAGUGAAGGGGGCAAUUCCAAGCAUGCCAGAGAGGAAAGCAGUCCUGAAUCUUCUUCAAUCUCUUUGAGCAUGUUUAUAUUUAUUGGAAGGUAUCACACUUCAAAUAAAUGAUGUUAUUUAAAUCCAGAGAAAUAAGAUCUAAAGUUAACGUGUUUAUUCGUUAGGUCACAAAUCAUGCACCACCUUGAACUGGCAUGAAUACUUCUGAGACAGAUCCAAUGGCCAUCAAUAUCAGGAUAGCUUCAUUCCCAUAGCCCACAACUCUUUCCUUUGUUUAUCCAAAACAGAUCCAAUGGCUGAAUUAUGGACCUUGAAAGUCAGUUUGCAACUUAGUCAGGGAAGCCCACUAUGUUUUAACACUGCUUAUAAUAUAUAAGUUCUUGUUCUUGUUUGAGAUUGCA